CGUUGACUCCACUAGAUUCGUUUUCCGUUUGAGACGCCAUCUUGGUUUGGUACAGAAUCGAACGUUACCAUAGUAACUGAUGAAGAAGUUUUAAAGACUACCGUAUUGUUAGCUGACUUGAAUGAUUCUGAAAAGGUCAACAGAGUCUAUUCUAAAUAGACUGAGGCCGAGCAUCAUCGCGCGAGUAACGCCUGUUUGAAUGUAAAGGCCGGUAACAUGGCUGGGAUAAUGGUACUCAAAACCAAUAGAAACGUUCUCCAGAGGUUUAUAAGCUCAUAUCUCUACCGCUUUCCCAUUGUAUCUUCUUCAUUGAAGACUUAUGGAAGGAGUAUACAUUCUUGCUAUGUUUUAACGAGUUGCCAAUAUAAUAAGUUCAGCGGUGAAGAACAUUCCAAAUGGCGGCUCUUCGGAACUUGCAAUCCUCGGCUCUAUCAGAACCCAAAUGUUUUCCAGAUGGUCAAGUUAUACUCAUCUGCAACGACCAAUCUUCCAUCAAUGGAUCUUCUUGAACAAAGUCGUAGGACGAUAUUUGUUGGAUCACUUCAUCCAUCCACGGUAGAAUCUACUAUUUUCGAGUACUUUUCUACUUUAGGGGAGCAGGUCGAGCAUGUGAAGUGCAUUCGGACAUUGUCGGGCAAAUCAAAAGGAUUUGCAUUUGUGCGACUUAGAAAGAAAGAAGCCGUCGAGUCGGUACUCGGAAGGGAUGAUCAUGUUAUUGAUAAUAGUGAUGUAUCGAUGGAAAAACAGGACACGUAUAGAAAGGUUAUUCUUAAAAAUAUCCCAUCAAGUAUUGGCGAAAGUCAAAUACUUGAACACUUUUCUAGCUCUGGGGAAAUUGCCUCAGUGUAUAUACCUGAAAAUCUGAAAACCAAGGAAAGAAAAGGUCACUGCAUUGUUACGUUUGCAUCUGUUACAGAAGCUUUUGAAGUUGUCAAAAAGCGGAAGCACCACAUCCAUGGCUAUGAUAUAAUCACUGAAUACUACAUGAAUUUAAAACAGCCAAAGAAACUAUGUCUAAAGAAUCUUCCUUACAAUGUUACUGUAGAUCAGAUAAAGAAUCGCAUGGAUGGCUUUGGAGGGCUCAUGGAGAUCGAUCUAGCUGUGAUGCCUGAUAGAUCUGAAUGUGAGGCUUUUUUAAUCUUUUCUAAUGAAGAUAGUAUUAGAGAAAUUAUGAAACAAGGGAAAAUCAGCUUUGGUGACUCACUAGUAAAUACAGAACAAGUUAGUGCGAAAAUGGAUGGGAAAGCCAGAUACAAGUCUUUAUUCAUUGAAGGUCUACCUUUAACAGUCAAUAAAACUGACUUGGCCAAACACUUUGCACAGUUCGGGAAAGUGAAGGGAAUCCGUCUUUUAAAAUCAAAGAAGAGUGGAACUCAAUUUGCAAUAGUGAAGUUUAAGCACACAGCUGGGUUAAACACUGCAAUGGAGCAAGGAAUCCACUUUUUAGAUGGAAAGUCCUUCUCUGUCAGGAAACUAGGUUUACGUGUGUCCUCUCACCAGCCGUAUGAGAAAGAAUUUAACAGUAAUGAUAUGAUAGGUGUACAUUUGCUUUAGACACACAUUUUCCUUGUCGUGUAGCCAUUACAGGAACAUUGACAGGGCUGUGAAACACCUUAAGAUUUUGGUAGGAGAUGCUUGUAACAAAUAACAACAACUAAACCUUAGAGAUCCUUAAUGGUUGUGAAUCAUCCCCACUUUUUCUGUAAAAAAAGGAAAAUUCAUGUCCCUUUGUUUUGUAUAAAACCAACAAAUAAAGUAUCAAACUUA